GACCGUCCUGACCUUCCCUCGCCUGCCUCUUGCCCGCCCCACCGAGCCGAGGGGGGCCCGCCUCCGCCGUCACGGAAGCGCUUGAGGGCUGGGCAGCCCGGGCUGCUGACUGACUGACUAGGCGGCGUUCAGAGAGCGGCUGGGAAGCCGCCAUGGCGCUGCCGGAGCCGCUGAGCGCCGCGCAGCUGAAGCGCCUGGAGCAGCACCGCUACAACGCCUCCGGGCGCUCCUUGCUGGAGCCUCCCCUGCAGCGCUACUGGGCCUGGCUGGUGGAGCGCACGCCGACCUGGCUGGCCCCCAACGCCCUCACCCUGGGCGGCCUCGUCCUCAACCUCCUCCCCACCCUCGUGCUCAUCGCCUACUGCCCCAGCGCCGCCGAGGAGGCUCCUUCCUGGGUGUUCCUCUCGUGCGCACUUGGACUCUUCCUUUACCAGUCACUGGAUGCUAUUGAUGGGAAGCAAGCCAGAAGAACAAACAGCAGCUCCCCUUUGGGAGAACUUUUUGAUCAUGGCUGUGAUUCUGUUUCCACAGUCUUUGUUGGUAUUGGAGCCUGCAUAGCAGUUCGACUUGGAACUAAUCCAGACUGGCUGUUUUUCUGUUCCUUUAUUGGGAUGUUCCUCUUUUAUUGUGCUCACUGGCAAACCUAUGUAUCAGGCAUGCUAAAGUUUGGCAAAGUUGAUGUAACUGAAGUACAGAUAGCCAUAAUGAUCCUGUUUUUGUUAUCUGCCUUUGGUGGAACAACUAUGUGGGACACAAAGAUUCCUGUGUUAGACCUAAGAUUGAAGAUGAUUCCUGUUGCUGGUAUAGUGUGUGGUGCGAUGUUUUCCAGUUACAAUUAUUUCAGAGUUAUCUUUGGCGGAGGAGUAGGGAAGAAUGGAUCUACAAUAGCAGGAACAAGUGUUCUGUCACCAGGCCUCCAUAUAGGAUUAAUUAUUACAUUAGCAGUAAUGAUCUAUAAAAAGUCUACAACUCACCUGUUUGAAAAACAUCCUUGUCUUUAUGCCUUAACAUUUGGAUUUGUGAGUGCAAAGAUUACACAAAAAUUGGUGAUAGCACACAUGACAAAAAGUGAAAUCUUCCUGCAAGAUACUGCAUUUAUUGGACCAGGCCUAUUAUUUCUAGAUCAGUACUUCAAUAGUUUUAUUGAUGAAUAUAUUGUUCUGUGGAUAGCACUGUUCAUAUCCUUGCUUGAUUUGCUGAGAUACUCCACUGGGGUAUGCAAACAGAUUGCUGACCACCUUCACAUACAGGUCUUCAAAAUCUCAUCUCCUCAAGCUCCGGAACAGAAACCCAAAGUGAUCUUAAGUCACUCCUGGUAUCACCUGGAAAAUGCCCCCAUCCCAGCCUUCUGAGGCCGCUUGUUGCCAUUCUGAGGAUUUCACAUUCUGGUAGGCCAAACUACAGAAUGUUUUCAUUUUUCCUUGACAGUUUCUGUUUUAUGAAAUACAACUGCAGAAGGAGGCUGGGUGGAGAGGAACCUUUAACUAGUUUCUUCUUUAUAGUCUUCCUGGUUAAGAAACACAGCCCAAACAUAGCACUGUUUUUCUUGAAACACAGUGGGAAACAAAACUGCUAAAUCCAAAAAAUGUUGGAAAGAACCACUCACCAAGAACUUGUCUAAUGUUGCUCAAUCACAGUUUCUGUGGCUGCAUUUUGCUAAUAAGAAAACCCAUGGCAAUUAAGUGUCAAUUGAUGCUUAGCCACAAAUAGAUAUUGAAGGGGGGAAGUAUAAUAAGAUCUUUUGUUUUUCGUUUAAACUUCCAUCUCAUUAGGCUUAUAAUUUAGAAUGUAAGGUCAACAAAUAUAAAAUAUUCUAGAAGAGGGUCUUCCAUAUUUAAGUAGCAAAACAACGUUUUUAUUUCUGAAAAUUGUUGGUGAUGAAUAGGACUUUUUGAAGGCAUUCUACCAUUCCAUCUAGAAAAUGUUUAUCUUAAAAUUAGCAGUUUGCACAAAGAUUGUCCUUGCUAAGAGAUUAAUGUAUCAUUCCUUUGCUCUUUUCUCUUGACCUUCUGUACAUCACUGCAGUAAUGGGUAAUAUAUUACCUUCCAAAUAAUUGUUGGACUGCAUGUCUUCUCCAUCCCAACGUAGUGAGAAAUGCAACUGUUUACCACUAGUUGCACCAUCAGCUACGGCUUUUCUUCCAUGCAGCAAAAAAGGCAUUAACUUAUGGCUUUAAAUACUGUGCUUAGUUUAUGCAAAGUUACAUGUUUUACCAAUAUGUUUUAAGCACCUUAAGGACAUGUGAGUAGAUUUAAUGACUGAAACCGAUCUUAUUCUAUAGGCAACAAACUUUAUUUUCAUAAGUGUUAAUGUUUUUAAAGUUUGGUUCCUGUUACAGUGUUCUAAACUGUCUUUAUUAUUAAUGGCUUGCAACAACAAAAACACAGUUGCUGGUAGUGGCACCUAAUAAGCUUGGUUGAGUACUCUUCAGUGUUAAAUUUUUGGAUGUUUAGGGUUGGUUCAUAAAAGGGUUUUCAUUAUGGAAGCAUUCCCAAGUGGCUUCUGGCUAUGUAUUUUAAUGGACAACAAAUUGUAAACUGUGAUAUUGGAAUGUAUUCUCGAAGGCUUUCACAGCCGGGAUCUGAUGGUUGUUGUGGGUUUUUCGGGCUGGAAGGUUGUUC